AAACGUGGCAGAAGAACGGGUUGGGAACCAUAGUUGCUGGACAAGGAGAGAUAAUCAAUGGAGUUGGAUGAAACCUGAAACUGGAGAUGAAUGCAAGGAAAGGCAGGACAACAUUGAUAUAUCUGUUCAUCAGAGCACGGAUAAACCUGGAUCAUGUGUCAGGAUAUCCCCUGAUGCACCGGGUACCCGGAGCAGAACCAACCUGACAGAUUCCAAACCUGGAGACAGAGAAGGACGGAAACGAUCAAAAAAGUUUCGAUCCUUAUCUCACUCACGACUCCUCGGCUCAAGAACUCAGAUCAGGG